CAUCCACAACUGGGGUGAAUAGGGAUCUUAGAAUAAAUAGGAAUUGACUUAGUAGAGACCUCGUAUAAAAUUCUCUGGGAUGUACUACUCUCGCUCAUUUAGAAAUAAUGAGAGUGAAGAGUACAUCUUUUCGGUAAGGUCCUAAUGGUACUGAUCCGUAGUUCUACUAUAAUGUAUCAUGAUCAAAGUUUCUAGCUUUGGUUUAUAAUUUAGAAUCAGGACUACAAAACAUUCCAAACCAUUUCAUACUAUAUAUUCCUAUUCACCCCAGUUGAUGGAAUCUACAGAAAAAAAAGAUGAGUGUAAUAUAUAGAAGAAUGUUGGUAUGUUUGUAGAUCAACUUGAGCACUUGACAUCAUUCACAUGAAAUUAUGAUAACAUACUUUAGAUGUCAGACUAUUUUGAAAUGUUGAUUUUUCAAUAAAUAAAGCCAGAGGAGAAGGUAGCUGAGGCACUGUGUGAGAGUUUGAGUGAAGGAGAUUCAAGUGGCGGCUCCUCAAACGACAAACAAGAAGUCAGUAACGCGCCUUUAGCUAUUUCCACCAUGGCAUGUCUUGUUGCUGAAGUGGUGCUCCGCAACAUGGGUGGUAGUCAGAAGGAAAGAGUCCAUGGCAGAGUCACACAGUGAGCUCCCACUGUGUUGGCCGAUUGAUUGGUGAGCUCCGAUGGCAACAUGCACUGCUGUCGCAUUUAUGGGAGAACUUCUCCCAUGCUACAUAUAGUCGUCACACUUAUGCCACCGGCUAUGCUAUACCAGCAAUGCUGCAUACCCCUUCGCCACCAUCUCACUCCGACAUGCAGUAUCGAUUGUGAGUAGUGGGGAAGUGCGCAUGCCAUCUCAUUGGUUACAAGAAGGGGCCAUCAUGGUACGAAAUCGUUCGUUGUCGGCUCACAGCACUCAAUCGUGCGGCUUUGGAGUUAGUUUGAGUCUCUCGCCUGAUGUAGUAACAUCGCUGCCGCCACGUACGUUGCUUCUCGAUGGGAAUUGCUCUUGAGUGAGAAAGAAGUGUGAAGUGAAGUUGAGAAAAUUCUAAAGUGUGCAACAUCACAUAGUGGAUAUAUUGAGAAAGAGAAAAGAAGGAACAUUUACAGCGAACAUUGUGCACAAAGUGUUGUAACAAAUUUGCUAAAGACAGAAACGAUACCAAAUGGUUGUGCUGGAAGGUGGAGGAAUGGUUACCAUUGGCAAUAAUCAAUACCUUCAGCCAGAUUAUUUAUCACCACUUCCAACUACGUUGGAUGCAAAGAAGAGCCCAUUGGCACUCCUUGCGCAAACAUGCAGCCAAAUCGGGGCUGAUUCCAGCAAUGUCAAGUCAUUAAUCAGUGUGGAUAAGUCAAAGAAUGGGGCAAAGACAUCAACGGAUACCGGCAUGGCUAAAUCACCGUCGGCAGCUGCCACGAAGCCGGAGACAAAGCAAUCACCUGGGACGCAAGAAGUGAAAUUAGCUUUUAAGCCAUACGAGGCGAAUGUGUUAACAAAGAAGAGUGCCGAGGAGCGUCCCUCCUCCAAAGCCAGUAGUGUCAAUGAUGGUUCAAGUGCUAACGAUGACAAAUACCACAAACUAAGUGCUCGUGCACCGUCCCGCGAUAAAUCCGACUCACCGAUUAAUGUGCACACGGAUGCAUCCCAUGCAAAUGGGAAGGCAACACCCAGCCAGGAUUGCAAAAGUACCUCACCGGCGGGUUCAUCGCAACGCGGACAGAGUCCGAUAAUUCGAUCGGGUAUGGAGGUGCUGCAGGGGCAUCCAAAAGAUCUACCAUUGGGCUCGUAUAAGCCCGGUAGUAAUCCGUAUGGUUUGAAUCCCCUCACGGGUGGCCUGUGCUGCCCUCCUGGUUUGGAACAGCAUGCAAAUCCGGCCUUUAGGCCACCCUUUGCGGGUGCCUUUUCACACCAUCAUGCCGCUAUGUUGGCCGCAGCUGCAGGAUACCCACCCACAUCGACAGCCCCAGGGCCAUAUGUGAGCUAUGCUCGUGUAAAAACCCCCACCGGUGGUGAAGCCCUUGUGCCCGUGUGCAAGGACCCAUAUUGCACGGGGUGCCAGUAUUCGGCACACAACCAACAAAUGCUCAUGGGUGCCCCAUGUCCCGCCGGUUGUACCCAAUGUGAACACCAAAAGUACGGUUUAGCCAUGGCCGCCAUGCAAUCCACCCUGCCCCCAGGGCAUCCCUAUGCUCAACUAGGUCGUCCCUACAUAUGCAACUGGAUUGCCGGGGAGACGUAUUGCGGCAAGAGGUUUGGCACAUCUGAGGAACUCCUUCAGCACCUUCGUACACAUACCGCCAAUUUGGCGGAUCCAGCUGCAGCUGCGGCUGCUCUGGCGCAAUCACAGUCUGCCCUCCUGAAUCCCCUGGGUCAGCUCUUCUCACCGUCAGCCCUCCAUCGCGCCUACCCCACGCCACCGCUUAGCCCUCUCUCAGCCGGGCGCUACCAUCCGUACGGGAAGCCCGGUGCAACAAUGCCAUCAGCCCUAUCAGCCUAUCCACCCUUCAAUCCAGCCGCCCUUGGACCCUAUUAUUCCCCCUAUGCGCUCUAUGGACAACGACUGGGGGCAGCUGCUGUACACCCCUAAAACACCUAAAAUACCGUGUUUCCUAAAACCGUCCUCUGACAGGAGAUAGAGAAAUCCAUUAAAUUCUCAAGGUUCGUAAAUCUCCAGUAUUUGACUGAUUUUAACUAAAUCGUCAUUUUAAUUUAUCUCAUCAAAAUUUUUAAUCAACAUUUAAAAUAUUUCAUUAGAAGAAUAAAAUUGAUUAUAAAAACUUUUUUAAUGUUUAAACAGAUCAAUAUAUUUAUUUUUUUUAAGUAUAAAAAAUCAUGAUGGAUUCUAACCCAUAUGCAAAUCUAAUUAUUACCCAAAUGGUUUAAACAAUCUUUGAAAAUUCAACAAAAAUAUAACUUUUUGAAAUUGACAUUUUUAAACUAAUUGAUUUCAUAAAAAUAUUAAUUAAAAAAUAAUAAUAUUUGGACGUAUCUGGGUUAAUUUAUUUUUUUUUCAAUUUUUUAAAUUUUCAUAUAUUUUUUUAAUUAAUAAUUAAAAUUAAAAAAAACUGUUUCAAUUUUUAAAAGAAAUAAACUAAUUUAUUUUUAACCCUUUCAAUCCAGUUUAAUAAUAAAAUUUUAAGCGGCUAAAUAAUCUUUUGCUCGUACAUUUUUUUUAAAACUAAAACCAUUCUAUUUAAAUUUUGAGAGGCAAUAUUUUUUAAAAGAACUUUUAAAAUUUACAUAAACAUUGAAAAGGUUAUGUAAAGAUUAAUUGAAAUUGAGCAAAACCACAAAAAUUCUAUCUAAUAAAAUAAUUUUAAAAAAUUCUCCUUUGAAACAUUCAAUAGAAAACAUAAAAAAUAAUAAUCUCGAAAUAUUGAAAUGUCAAAGAAAAACUAAAAAAAUUAUCCAAAAAUCAUCUCCAGUUCAGAGGGCUGUAGUAAUCUGUAUUAGAAAUGAAAAAUCUGCAAGUAAUAAUUUUCUCUACUGUGAUAAAACAUUUUUGAAAAAAAGGGUGGUCACACGAUUAAUCUGCGGAUGGUGUGGAUGAGUUAUAAUGUAUGAAGAAAAAAAAUCCUUAGAUGUAUAAUUUUUAUGUUAUCUCAGGACAUAUUUUAUUGUCAGUCCGUUAAUUUUUUUUCUUUUCCAUCUCAAAUGAGAAAAUGAUGUGAAAUAAAACAAGUGAAAAAAAACAGCACUAAACUGUUAAUUUUUGUCCAAUAAAGAAAAACAUUGUGACUUAAGAAUUUUCUCCUGGAAAGAAGAAGAAGAAGAAGAAGGAAAAACUGAUUGUAAAUAUUCACUGUGAAUUUGGAAGAAAAAGAAAAAAAUGAUGAAGAAAAUCUUAGAAUCGUAACGAAAGAUAUUUGCUUAAAAAUAAAGGUAAUGAACCAAAAA